GAAGCUGUCAAUAAAGUUGCGCGUACAAAAUCAACAACUCCGGUGUCAUGGCGGCGCCUGUGGCGGACAGCGGGCGCUGGUUUCCAGCGUUAGCACUGGGAGUUUCUCUGUUCAAAUGUCUCUUCAUCAGCGCAUAUCGCUCCACAGACUUUGAGGUGCACAGGAACUGGCUGGCCAUCACACACAGCCUGCCGGUGUCCAGGUGGUACUAUGAGAACACGUCUGAGUGGACUCUGGACUACCCCCCGCUGUUCGCCUGGUUUGAGUUCGGCCUGUCCCACGUGGCUCAGCACUUCGACACUAACAUGCUGGUGGUGGAGAACCUGGACUAUGCCAGCCCGUCCACGGUGCUUUUCCAGAGGCUGUCGGUCGUCUUCACUGAUGUGGUUUUUAUCUGCGCUGUCAGAGAGUGCUGCAGGUGUGUUCAGGACCAGAAAGGCUCUCGGGACGUUCUGAACCGGCCGUCCUUCGUCCUGGCCGUUCUGCUGCUCUGGAACUUUGGCCUCCUCAUCGUCGACCACCUUCACUUCCAGUAUAACGGCUUCUUGUUUGGUUUCCUGCUUCUCUCCGUGGCGAAACACCUGCAGUCUCAGCACCUGCAGGGGGCGCUACUGUUCUCUGUCCUGCUCAACCUGAAGCACAUCUACCUGUAUGUGGCUCCGGCCUACGGCGUUUACCUGCUGAGGAGUUACUGCUUCACUCAGGACAACAAAGACGGUUCUCUCAGGUGGAGGAGUUUCAGUCUGACGCGUCUCCUGGCUCUCGGCAGCAUCGUGGUCUCCGUCUGCGCUCUGUCCUUCGGCCCGUUCGUUGUCAUGGGUCAGCUCCCUCAGGUCCUGUCCCGUCUCUUCCCCUUUAAGCGGGGCCUCUGUCAUGCCUACUGGGCCCCGAACAUCUGGGCCCUCUACAACGUGCUGGACAAAAGCCUGGUGAUGCUCGGUGUUCACCUGAAGCUGCUGGAGGAGACGGAGCUUCCCCGAGCCUCCAUGACGGGCGGGCUGGUUCAGGAGUCUGAGCACGCGGCCCUCCCCUCCAUCUCGCCCUCCGUCACUCUCGUCUGCACUCUGCUCUCCAUCCUGCCAGCGGUGGUGUCCAUCUGGUGGCGUCCCUGCGGUGCUCGGGGUUUCCUGCGCUGCCUGGUGCUCUGCGCUCUGGGCUCCUUCAUCUUCGGCUGGCACGUCCACGAGAAGGCCAUCCUCAUCGCCAUCCUGCCUCUCAGCAUCCUGGCGGUUGAGAGCAGAGAGGAUGCUGGGAUCUUCCUGGUUCUGACCACCACAGGUCAUUACUCCCUGUUCCCGCUGCUCUUCACCCCCACAGAGCUGCUCGUCAAAGUCGCUCUGAUGAUGAUGUUUACGAUCUACUCGUUCACUGCUCUGACAAAGCUCUUCAGUGGUCGCCGGGCUCUGCUCCAUCCCCUGGAGGUCGUCUACCUGUCCGGUCUGUUUGCUGUCGCUGUCGCCUGCGAGGUCGUCUUCCCUCUGUCGCCGUGGCAACAGAAGCUGCCCUUCCUCCCCCUACUGAUGACCUCGGUGUACUGCUCUGUGGGUGUCUGUUACUCCUUCUUGCGUCUGUACGUCAGUCUGCUGAGGCAGGAAGAGAAGCCCAAACAGCCGUGAGACGCUGUCCUGUACCUGAGAGGACAGAUCCCCAGCACACCUACGUCCGUCCUGCACACUGAGACACUGACUGCUCACUGUCAGAUCAGUCAGGGGGACGUGGCCGUCUUUUUUCCUCACUCAGCAUUUUCAACACAUCACAGGCUCAGCAAACCAGAUUCCAGCACAGGUGAGCUCAGGUACAGGAGGAGGACUGAGUCACCUCGAGACACCAGGUGGGUGUGAAGCACCACUGCACGUUUUUAAUGAGAGAUCAUGUGACCAAAGUAGAACUGAGACACAGCUGAUGAUGGUGAUGUUUGUUUUUCUGUUUUUAAAUGUUAAGACAUUUGAACUUGUUUUUGUGUAUGUGACCGUGUUUACUGCGACACACACGCAUACACACACACACGCACGCACACACGCAUACACACACACACGCACACGCAUACACACACACACGGUCUGUUUGGUUUGUGUUGAUGUCUCAAAGUUUAAAUUAAAGACGCAGUUUGUUUAAAAACUUUAUUGAUAAGGCAACACAAAACAUGAUUGGUUAGAAUGGACUUAGUGUUUUACAGGACACGUUUUCUCUGUAAAAUCUCUAUUGCACAAUAAGAAGCGUCCGCUGACACUAAGCUGCAGAUCCUCUUUCCUCUUCUCCUCUGCUCUAACCAUCGGAUCAGGAUCAGGUUUCACUCUACAGACAGAUUCAAACGUUUCCCUUCAUCAUCCUGAUUUUGUCUCACUCAUCACUGUAUAAAA